AUGAUGAUUACUACAACUACCACCACAUCAUUUUAUUCUGUAUUUAGAUAUACAUAUAUCAGACAAUUGAUAUUCAAUCAUAUCGGUGAUAUAUCAAAAGAUAGUUAUGAUGAUGCUGGUAGUCAACGACUAUCAUUAAAAGGAAGAGAUAUCAUCAAAUUACCACAUCUUGGAAUGAUAUCAAUCUAUGCAAUGCCUUGGCACUUUAUAAGUCAUUAUCUAUCUAAAGAUGAUAGUAGUAAUAGUAGCGAAAGAGAUCAGAAAACAAACAAAAGGAGAAAAAGAGUGAUUAGUCAAUACUGUCAUCAUCCCAAUGCAACAUUGGAUACACUUGAACAUCUAUUGGAAUGGUCUCAAGAUGACUUUGAUUGGGUGUACUUGACAGAAAAUAUCAUUGAUAUAAGAAAUCAAGAGAUAUUGGAGUAUCUAAUCAAUAGAUGCCAAGCUGAUGGAGACAAGGAUGGUUUUCUUAUUACUGCAAUGAUGGUGGCAUGCACAUACGGGUAUCUUUCAUCUAUCAAGUUGAUCAAGAAAAAUAUUGUAAAGACUUAUUAUGAAGCAAUUGUCAUUGCCUCUAGUAACGGAUUCAUUGACAUUGUAAAGUAUUUACAUGAGAAUAGAACUGAAGGUGGAGGCAUCAAAGAUGCAAUGUUCCUACAUGAAUAUCGUCAAGAAGGAUGCACGGUUAAUGCUAUGGAUCUAGCAGCUCAAAAUAAUCACUUGGACAUUGUCAAGUUCCUUCACGAGCACAGAAUAGAGGGUGCAACACCCGAUGCUUUGGAUUGGGCAUCUGAAGAAGGUCACAUUGAAGUGGUAAAGUUCCUUUCAGAGCAUCGUAGUGAAGGUGCAUCAACAAGUGCUAUGAAUGGAGCAGCUCGGAACGGUCACAUUGAAAUUGUUAAAUAUUUACAUUUUAAUCGAAGUGAGGGAUGUACUAGAUCAGCUAUUCAGUCUGUUUGUGAAAAAGGAUUACUGGAAAUAGCAUCAUUUCUAAUCAAUGUCAGAAAUGAGAAAUGUGAUGAAGAACUACUACUAACUGCAUCAAUUAGAGGACACUAUGAUAUUGUCAAAUAUACAUAUAUCAGACACUUGAUAUUCAAUCAUGUAGGUGAUAUAUCAAAUCUAUUGUAUCCAAAUGAUAAAAGUAGUAAAGAUGGUAGUGGUGGUAGACAACAACGAUCAUUAAAAGGAAGAGAUAUCAUCAAAUUACCUCUUCUUGGAAUGAUAUCAAUCUAUGCAAUGCCUUGGUACUUUGUUUGUCAUUAUCUACCAAAAGAUGAUUGUAGUAGUAGUAGUAGUAGUAACGAAGGAUAUAAGAAACUACUACCUGAAAGAAGAAAAAGAGUUAUCACUCGAUACUGCUGUCAUCGUAAUGCAACAUUGGAUACACUCAAUCAUCUACUAGAAUGGUCUAGAGAUGACAUUGAUUGGGUGUACUUGAUAAGAAAUAGCAAUCAAAUAACAAGCCAAGAGAUAUUAGAGUAUCUAAUCAAGAGAUGUCAAGCUGAUGGAGACAAGGAUGACAUUUUCAUUAUUGGUGCAAUGAAGGUGGCAUGUCUAUACGGGUAUCUUUCAUCUGUCAAGUUGAUGCAAAGUGCUGUAAAGAGCAAUCCCAAAGCAAUUGUUUUUGCCUCUAGUAACGGAUUCAUUGACAUUGUAAAGUAUUUACACGAGAAUGGAGCUGAAGGUUGUAGUACAAAGGCAAUAGAUGAAGCCGCGAGAAAUGGUAAUUUGGAGAUUGUAAAGUUUCUUCAUUUUAAUAGAACUGAAGGUGCAACAACCAAUGCUAUGGAUUGGGCUGCAAAGAAAGGUUAUUUAGAGAUUGUUCAAUUCCUACAUGAACAUCGUCAAGAAGGAUGCACCAAGGAUUCUAUGGAUCUAGCAGCUCAAAAAGGAUUCAUACAUAUCGUCAAGUAUCUUCAUUUCAAUCGUAGUGAAGGUGCAACAACCGAUGCUAUGGAUUGGGCUGCUGAAAAUGGACAUUUAGAUAUUGUUAAAUUCCUACAUGAACAUCGUCAAGAAGGAUGCUCUGACUCUGCUAUGGAUUGGGCCGCUGGUGAGGGUCACUUUGAAGUUGUAAAGUACCUUUCAGAGCACAGAACAGAAGGUGCAACAACCGAUGCUAUGAAUUGGGCCUCUGAAGAAGGUCACAUUGAAAUCGUAAAGUACCUCAAUGAGCAUCGCAGUGAAGGUGCAACUACUGAUGCUUUGGAUGGGGCCGCUGGAAACGGUCACAUUGAAGUGGUAAAGUAUCUUCAAGAGCAUAGAACAGAAGGUGCAACAACCUCGGCUAUGAAUUGGGCUGCUGAAAAUGGUCACAUUGAAACUGUACAAUUUCUUCAUUUCAACAGGACUGAAGGUGCAACUACUGAUGCUAUGGAUAGGGCUGCUCGAAACGGUCAUAUUGAAAUUGUGCAGUUUCUUCAUCAACAUCGUAGUGAAGGUGCAACAGCCAAUGCUAUGGAUUGGGCCGCUGAAAAUGGUCACAUUGAAGUUGUAAAGUACCUCAAUGAGCACCGUAGUGAAGGUGCAACAACCGGUGCUAUGGAUGGGGCCGCUCGAAAUGGACACAUUGAAAUUGUAAAACAUUUGAUAUUCAAUCAUGUAGGUGAUAUAUCAAAUCGAUUGUAUCCAAAAGAAGAUAAAAAUGAUGAUGAUGAUGAAGAUGAAGAUAAAGAUAGUACUGCUAAACAACCACAACGACGAUCAUUAAAAGGAAGAGAUAUCAUCAAUUUACCUCGUCUUAAAAUGAUAUCAAAGUAUGCGAUGUCUUGGGAGUUUGUUUGUCAUUAUCUACCUAAAGAUGAUAGUAGUAAAGACGACGAUCAGAAACUACUACUACCCGAAAGAAAGAGUAGAGUGAUUAGUCAAUACUGCUGUCAUCGUAAUGCAACAUUGGAUACACUCGAACAACUAUUGAAAUGGUUUCACAAUGACGUUAAUUGGGCGUACUUGAAAGGAUACAACAGCAAAAACCAUCAAAUAAGAAAUCAAGAGAUAUUGGGAUAUCUCAUCAAGAGAUGUCAAGUCGAUGAAGACUAG